AUGGCGUUUCUUGACGAUUGUGCUACUAAACCAUCUGGUCUAUUGGCGUCAUUUUGGAAUCUUCCAAUGUUUUCUCCGGCUUCCACUGACCCUAUUCUCGGAGACAAAGCUACCUACAGAACUCUAGUUCGGCUCGGCCCUCCCUUCAACAAGCUGGGCUUGGCCCUCGUAGAGGUACUCCGCCAUUUUAACUGGUCACGGGUCGUUUUGGUGAGCAGGAGGAAGACGGACGAGAAGAAGGUGUUCUGUGAUUACUCCUUCCGGUCUGCCGAGGAGCAGUUUCGACUGGCAAACAUAACAGUAGCGGAUAAGAUUCAGAUCUCGGAUAAUCUCGAUAUAGAGACGAUUGACGACAUCUUGACGCGCGUUCAGCAGCGAGCCAGAGUUAUAAUCCUGUGCACAGAGAAUCGGGCGGACCUAAGGAAGAUUUUGUUACAGGCUCAUGGCAAAGGCAUGACCGAUGGUGACUAUGUAUUCUUUGUGCCCGACCAGCUACCUCCGAGUAACGUCGCUAAGCCCUGGGUCACUAACAGUGAUCUGGACCAGGACGUCAAGAAAGCCUUCACAACCGUAUUUCAGAUAACUGUCGCAGAAAUGGCUGGGUCUAAAGUGGAACAGUUCAGGGAUCUGAUUCCCAUAAAAAUGGGCCAGCCGCCGUGGAACUACACUACUUCCCAACGGGGGUCGCUGUAUUCACCUUUCCUUCACGACGCCGUCUAUCUGUAUUUGUUGGUAUUGAAUGAGACAUUGGCAGAAGGCAAUGAUCCACGAAACGGUACCCUGAUGUUCCAGAAAGCAACUGGGAAAACUUUUGAAGACGAGGACUUCUUGAUUGCCUUGAUUCCCAUGGUGGUCUGUCUGUUUAUAGGCUGCAUUUUGGCAGGGAUCAUGUACUACAGACGUUUCCGUUUGGAACAGGAGUUGAGGUUAAUGCUGUGGAAAGUAAACUAUGAGGAUAUCGUCUUCACCCAACGGAUAGCCAGUGAAAGAAGAAACAGUUUGGUAAGUAUUCAGUCCACGCUGACGACCGGAAGUAGUUCCACCCGUUUCACAAUCAAUGGACUGGAUGGGCAGAUAUUCUCACUAAUAGCAACAUAUAAAGGAACAGUGGUAUCCUUAAAAGUCCUGUCUCGAAAAAUAGUGAACAUAUGCAGAGAGGACCAGCUGGAGCUAAAGGCGAUGAGAGACUUGAAUCAUCCAAACGUAAACGCAUUCUCCGGACUCUGCAUUGACGACAGGUUACCGUGUCUUCUCACAGCUUACUGCUCAAAGGGAAGCAUUCAGGAUAUCAUUGAAAACGACGAACUAAAGCUGGACUGGAUGUUCAAAUUCUCCCUCAUCAGAGAUAUUGUAAAUGGUCUUCAGUACAUUCAUGAUUCUUCUCUGAAAUGGCACGGUAAUCUAAAGAGCAGCAACUGUGUUGUUGACAAUCGUUGGGUUGCCAAGCUCACCGACUUCGGGAUGACCAAGCUUCGCCAACUAGACACAGAUUUUGCUGACCAGGAGAACAAAGCUCUCCUGUGGACCGCCCCUGAGCUGCUGUCACCCCAGACUUCCGGUAUGACCAAGGCUGCCGACAUUUAUAGUCUGGCGAUCGUAAUGUACGAGAUAAUCUUUCGGAAAGAGCCUUAUGACAUGAGCAAACUCUCCCCGCAAGAAAUAAUAGAGAAAGUAAGGAGUGGGUCUCAGGGCUGUAAUUCGUUGAUGCGGCCUGAAAUAAUAGACUCCGAGGAAAGCGACGUGGAAGACAAGAGAAUUCUCCAGUUGAUCCAGGUCUGCUGGGACGAAGAGACACAAAAACGACCUAAUAUUAAUGACGUCAAAGGCUACCUAAGGAAACUCAACAACGGAAACAAAAAAGACAUCGUGGACAACAUGCUGAACCUGUUGGAGAAAUACGCGAGUAACCUGGAAGGGAUUGUACAGGAACGCACACAACAACUGGUUGAGGAGAAGAAGAAAACUGACCGGCUCCUAUACAGCAUGCUGCCUCAGGCUGUUGCAGAGAGACUCAAACUUGGUCAAAUUGUCCCACCGGAAUUGUUCGAUUCCGUGACAAUUUUCUUCUCGGAUAUAGUCGGUUUUACCAGUCUAUCUUCGGAAAGCACUCCCAUGCAGGUGGUGGAUUUACUGAAUGACCUCUACACUUGUUUUGAUUCGACAAUAGCAGAGCAUGACGUCUAUAAGGUCGAGACGAUCGGCGACGCCUAUAUGGUGGUGAGCGGAGCCCCGCUGAGAAAUGGUGGGAAACACCCGAUGUGCGUCGCUGACAUGGCUCUCGAUCUACUGAGUGCUACAGUAACAUUCAACAUACGGCAUCGGCCGGGUUCUCAGCUGCAGCUAAGGGUGGGGAUACACACAGGGCCAUGUGCUGCAGGUGUUGUAGGGCAAACAAUGCCUCGAUAUUGUUUAUUUGGAGACACCGUCAACACAGCCUCCAGGAUGGAAUCCAACGGCGAAGCGUUGAAAAUUCACGUAAGCCAAGAAUCGUACCAUGCUCUACAAAUCAUUGGUGGAUAUGUGUUUUCAAAACGAGGGGAAGUCAGCAUGAAGGGUAAAGGUUUACAGACAACAUACUGGCUUUUAGGAAAACAUGGAUACCGCCGACCUUUACCAGUACCCUGA